AUGGUUGCAUCUGAAGAAUGGAAACACGCCCUGCACUGGUCUGCGGCGGAAUUUGAUCUCGACGCCUUUGACGCCGUCUUCUUACCGGGUGGGCAGGAAAAGACAAUACGGCAACUUAUUGACUCGCCAGUAGUUCAUAAACUACUAGCGGAUUACUUCCCACAAACUAGAAAACCUGCCGGGAAAGCGGUGGGUGCUAUAUGCUACGGGGUCAAGGUGCUGGCCCAGGCAAAGGGGCCUGAUGGAAGAAGCAUUCUGUAUGGCCGGACAACAACCACCUUGCCCGCUUUAUUUGAAAAGGCUGCUUUUUGGGUAACGUGGCCAUUUAUGGGCGACUACUUCAAAGUGUACGGUACUUCGGGCGAGGAUGUCGAGGCUUCUGUUGUGAAAGUGCUUUCGGACCCUGCUUGCUUGAAGACCAGCUGGGCUCCUGCUCCAUUCGUGGUGGAGGAUCCAGCUUUCAACUACGCUAGUGGCCGGCACCCUGGAGAUGCACAGUUACUGGCUGCAAGGCUCGUGGAUAUGAUGAGAGGAAGUAAAUGUGUGUCGCCGUAA